AUGUCUGCUUAUAAUACUGUUAAUUCUGCUCCAGCACCAGAUCCCAAGAAUUUGAUUCAGGUUGAGAGGGAAGCUUCCAAAUGGCAACCUCUUGAUAUGCAUAGCUUUUUAGAGGGCGGCAAAGAGCAGUCUGAAGAAUUCAGAUCAAUUGUUCAGCAGUUGGAGAGGGAUCCUGUUUUGGCAGUUACUCCAAAAUCUUAUGAUAUGACUAAGGCACAACAAAGAGAAGAUACGGCUAGAAGGAUUGCGAAGUUGGCUAAAUAUCUCGAGCUCGAAGGGCCAAAGGCAUUUAAUAGAAGAUUAAACAUUCUUCAGUUAUUGGAUCCACAAACAGGUACCAGGGCUGGGAUUAAUUUAGGUUUAUUUUUGCAUUGUGUGAGAGGUAAUGGAACUGCUGAGCAGAUCAAGUAUUGGACUUACACCAAGGAGACUGCGUACCUCAAAGGUAUCUAUGGCUGUUUUGGUAUGACUGAAUUGGCUCAUGGCUCGAAUGUUGCAGGUUUGGAGACUACUGCAACAUUCGACAAAUCCACUGAUGAAUUUAUUAUAAACACGCCCCACAUUGGUGCAACAAAAUGGUGGAUCGGAGGCGCUGCACAUUCAUCAACUCACUCUGCGGUAUAUGCUAGGUUGAUCGUUGAUGGUGAAGAUUACGGUGUAAAGACCUUUGUCGUUCCUUUAAGAGAUUCCAAUCAUGACUUGAUGCCAGGUGUCACUGUGGGUGAUAUUGGUGCUAAGAUGGGUAGAGAUGGUAUUGAUAAUGGAUGGAUUCAAUUUUCCAGCGUUAGAGUCCCAAGAUACUUUAUGUUACAAAAGUUUUGUAAAGUUUCCCGGGAAGGAGAAGUUGUAUUACCUCCCUUAGAGCAGUUAUCUUAUUCUGCAUUAUUGGGUGGCAGAGUUACCAUGGUUCUUGAUUCCUUUAGAAUGACUGCAAAGUUUGCCACUAUUGCAUUAAGAUAUGCUAUUGGCAGGAGACAAUUCAAAUCAUCUUUACAAUCUGACGGAGAAACACAAUUAUUGAAUUAUCCAUUGCACCAAAAGAGGGUACUCCCCUCUUUGGCCUUCGCUUACUGCACGUCUCAAGCUGCCUGGAAGUUGGGUAAUACCAUCGAAUCAACUCUUGAUGAGUUAGAUCUCGCUGUGGAAAAAAACGACAUGCGUGCUGUGAUGAAAUCAAUCGAAGCUAUGAAGUCAUUAUUCAUUGAUUCUGCUGCUUUGAAAUCCACUUGUACCUGGUAUACGGCUGAUGUGAUUGAUCAAACGAGACAAGCAUGUGGUGGCCAUGGAUACUCAUCCUACAAUGGUUUCGGUAAAGCAUAUAAUGACUGGGUUGUUCAAUGUACCUGGGAAGGGGACAAUAGUGUUUUGGCUAUGUCCGUUGGUAAGCCACUUAUAAAGAGUGUCCAAGGUAUCUUGAAAGGAAAGCAGGAAAGAGGAUCUUUAUCAUUCUUGAAUAAUAUUAAAGAAUACUUGAAUGACAAGCCAGUUUUCACUUCUAUUGAAGAUGUCAAUGAUAUUAAAAAUGUAUUGAAAGCUAUUGAAGUAUUGAUCAUGAGAUUAACGUACCAAGCCUCAGAAACCGUUAAGGAACUGAAUGGAAAUUUUGAUACGGUUGGUGCUGAUUCAAUUAUUCUUUCAAAAUUAACUGCUCACCAUUACAUCUUGAAUGAGUAUUUAAAGAAGGUUGGAGAAUUCGAAAACAAAGAUUUGCAGCCUUAUUUAUUAUCAUUAGGAAGGUUAUAUGGGUCGAUAAUUGUUUUGGAGACCUUCUCUGGUGAAUUUUUAACCUAUGGAGUGUUACCACCAAAGUUGUUCUCUCAAUUAACUUCCAAGUACAUUCCCGCCUUAUUGGAGGAGAUAAGACCAAAUGUCAUUGCUUACACUGAUUCUUUCCAACUCACUGAUAUGGUUCUUAACUCGGCCAUUGGUAAUUAUGAUGGUAACAUUUACGAAAACUACUUUUCUAUCGUUAAGGCACAAAAUCCAUCUGAUCCGAAUUGCAAGGCUCCCUAUUCGAAAGAAUUUGAAGAUUUCUUGAACAGGCCUUCUAAGGAUGUGAGAGAAAGAUUUGAAAAGUCUCCAGAGACGGAAAAAGUCUUAUCAAAGUAA